UUUAUAUAUUUUAAAUUAAUUUAGACUUUGAUUCUCACAAACCGUCGUUUGGUCACAUGAGGUUGGUACGGGUUACCAUGGUUACAAGUCUCCAACUGGAAAGGAGGCUCUCAGGACUACGUCCUCCGGUCCAGUGGGCGUCGCUAUGCAACGUGACAGUAAGUAACGGUUGUAACCCGCCUUCAAACAAAAGAAGAAGAAGAAGUUUCCCGCCAGUUCAAAAUGGAGCCGGAACCGGAGGACCGCUCCUCUCUACCGGCCGCUCUACUGUGCUCCGCCCUGAGCCUGACCGUCCCGCCGGUGCUCGGUGACCAGCUGGCCGAGCUGUACCGGCUCCAGCUGGGCCUGCUGAGGCGGAGGAGGGUCCGGGAGCUGAUGGAGCGGGACCGGCGGCGGCGGCAGUACCUGCGGAGGAGGAGGGCGUUCCUACUGUCCUCCAUAGCCGCGAUCCAGAGCCUCAUCACGUCCACCAACAGACACAUCUGGGUCCGCAACCGCAGCCCCGGCCACACCUUCUGGUCCUCCGCCCAGUCCUUCGACGACGAGGAGUGGAGGGCGCAGUUCCGCGUGUCCCGGGAGACCUUCGACUACCUGCUGGAGCGGAUCGGACCGGCCAUCAAACGCCGCAGGACCAACUACCGGGCCCCCAUCGAGCCGCGCCGCCGCCUGGCCAUCGCCCUGUGGUGGUUCGCCCGCUCCGGAGAGUACCGCUCCAUCGCAGGCAUGUUCGGCGUUGGCAUAGCGACCGUGUGUGUGAUCGUUCGGCAGGUGACCUCGGCCAUCAUGGACCGGCUGUACCGGCGGGUGGUGUCGCUUCCGAGCGGCCAGCGGCUGGACGACACCAUCCGGGCCUUCAGGGACCGCUGCUACCCGCAGUGUGCCGGGGCCAUCGGCGGGACUCACAUCCCCAUCGCCCCGCCGAGGGACAACCCGGACCACUACCUGAACCGGAGGGGCUGGCACUCCGUGGUGCUGCAGGCGGUGGUCGACCACAACAGCUGUUUCACUGAUGUGUACGCCGGCUGGCCUGGAAGUACGAGCAGCGCCGCGGUUCUGUCCAGCUCAGACCUGUACCUGAAGGCAGAGGACCGCCCUGAUGGUUACCUGUUCCCCAGACAGAAGUCGGUGGUGUCUGGCGAGGUGGAGAUCCCCGUCCACCUGAUCGGCGACGCGUCGUUCCCUCUGAAGCCGUGGCUGAUGAAAGGAUACAGCGAGGAACACCAGCUGUCACCGGAGCAGCGCUGCUUCACCUACACCCUCAACUCCGCCUGGUCCGUGGUUGACACCGCCUUCACGCGCCUGAAAGGCCGCUGGCGGUGCCUGCUGAAGAAGAGCGACAUCGACGUCUCCAUGAUGCCCAGAGUCGUGGCGGCGUGCUGCGUUCUGCACAACAUCUGCGAGAACCGGGGAGACAGUUUCCUCCCUGAGUGGAACAUUCAGAUGGUUCCUUCAGAACAUUAUCUGAGCCAGCCGGACACAGAACCCUAUGAAGGAGACACAUACUGCACCGCUGAGGUCAUCAGAGACACCGUCACUUACAACCUGCUGACUAUACUGCAGUACUGAACCUGAAGACUACACCGUUACUAGUAACCUGCUGAAUAUACUGCAGUACUGAACCUGAAGACUACACUGUUACUAGUAACCUGCUGACUAUACUGCAGUACUGAACCUGAAGACUACACUGUUACUAGUAACCUGCUGACUAUACUGCAGUACUGAACCUGAAGACUACACCGUUACUAGCAACCUGCUGACUACACUGCAGUACUGAACCUGAAGACUGCAGCUCACUUCACUGGAUUAUUUUAACCCUCUGAGACCCACAAUAGAGACGUUUUAGUCUUUUUUAGGGGGGUACAGGGGGUCUUUAGGGGGAGAUAGCAGGUGAACAGUAGAUGUCAUGUCACAUAGAAGUGGUGUACAUCAUCUGAAAGCUGAGAACCUGGAGAUUAAUUUGAGAUGCAGCUCAGCACUGUGUGUCAAGUUUUUCUAACAUAAAUCAGAAAUAAACAUUAACUGUUAUACAUCAGACAUUACUGAGACAUUAAUACAGUGAUGAUGAGUAACUUGAGCACAUUUACUCAAAUACAAUUUUGAGGUACUUAACUAUUUUCAUUUGAUGCUAAUUUAUACUUUUGCACUACAUUUCAGAGAUGAGUAUUGUACUUUUUACUGCACUGAUAUUUAUUAGGCAGCCAUUCUGUGGUGACUGUACACAUCAGCAUUUUACAAACAUCAGGUGUGAUCAGCUUCUAAAACAUGACAGAUUAUUAAUUAUUAAUUUAAUUAUUAUUAAUGAUUAAAGGCUCUGCACACUCAGGUGUUGAUGUCAGACCUCAGCUCACCACACUAAUGUACUAAUGUACAAUGUAGAGAGAGAGAGCUGUCAAUCAGUCACGUCUGCUGAGAGUCCUGAGUGAAGCUCUCAUCAGGUAACAGAAGUGAAAACACCUGUGCAGGUGCACUACAGGUGUGCACAGUCUCUGAGCUACACAACAGUUUAUAAUGCUGUUAAAAUCAGAUCCACCUCAAUCAGACACAUUUAAAUGCUGCUUACGUUUUAAUGCAUCAAUAAUAUGAAUACACUAAUGUCAUAUAAUUAAUACAGAGACCCUAAAAAAAUUAUAUUUUUGAUCCUGUUGAUGAUUUGUGCAACACGGUAACACAUUUUAUAAACAAGUUUUUAAAAAAAACACCUUUCAGGUAAUUUAACACUGAUAUAAUAAGUACUUUUGUAUUUGAUGAUGAUACUUAUGUACUCUAAAGUAGAAUUGUGAAUGUAAUUGCAAUAGAGUAUUUUUACAUAUUAGUGUUGAUACUGUUAAGGCUUCUGAGUACUUCUUCACCAGCUGCUUCUACUGAAGUCAAAUCACGAAUGCAGGGAUUUUACUUGUAAACAGAGUUUUUUUUACACAAUUUUUUACAAUAACUUAUGAACAACAAUUACA